AUGUCUGACUCGAAGUCGACAUAUGCGUUUGAACCGACUCCCCAGUGGACAACAGUAAACCCCAAACCAUUUCCGCCAUUUCUCACGCUUGGCGAAGACUUGGAAAAGCCUCCACUACCAUCCCCUCCUCGGAAUGAACAGUUCAAUGACAGGUAUACUGUUAGCACCCACCUCGUUCCUGCUGCUCGCCCCAGAUCAACUCCGGAUAUCCCAUUACCUGUUCUGCCAGAAUAUACGACGAAUACAUUGGAAUGGAAGAGAAAUAUUCAACAGCUUGCGACCCAAAUUAUCGAGCGACAGGAGCGCUUCGUGCAAGGAAAUUUGGGCGGAGAAAGAAGUGAGAAGCUCUUGUGGAACUGCGUUAAUCGAUAUGUAACGAGUGUUCCAAAUGGGAGGAAGGGAUUGACAUUGUUCCUCGCCCACGCAAAUGGUUUUCCUAAGGAGGUAUGGGAAACAACUCUGCAAUAUUUAUUAUCGUCAUCUUCGGCUUCAUUGAUCGACGAGAUAUGGUCUUGGGAGGCUGUUCAGCAUGGCGAUGCUGCAUUAGUCAACGAGACAAACCUCAGUGGCAUAUUUGACUGGCGAGACAAUGCGCGGGAUAUCGCACACUUCCUGAUGCACUACUUACCCGAAGACGCCUCAUUGAAAGUUUUACCAACUCAUCUACAACAGCUGCCAGAAACUAUCAUUGAAUACCGGAAGUCCGAAGGGUUUUCUUCCCGUUCGCUGGUUGCUGUUGCACAUUCCUUCGGGGGCUGCUCUUCAAUUAUAGCGGCUGCCAACUUUCCCGCACUGUUCUCCUCCAUGAUUCUCGUGGAUCCAGCCAUCAUUCAGAAUGACGUCCUUCCCUCCCACUUUUGGGAUAGGUUGUCCACCACCCUGGCCAGGCGCAACCACUGGCCGUCACGUGAGGAGGCAUUACGUUCAUUCAAGGCGUCUCCAUUCUUUGGAACUUGGCAUCCUGAUAUCCUACGGCUAUAUGUUACCUAUGGCAUGUACGAAGAUCCAGAAGGUGGUGUGAAGCUGAAGACGUCAGGCCUACACGAGGCUUUGGUGUACGCAGAUCUUAAAGGAAAGCACGAAGCAUGGGAGCUGCUGGAAAAGAUAGACGAAAGAAUUGAACUCCGUUGGGUUGUUCCAGGAAAGCCCACAGAUAAAGGGCUUAUGGGCGAACAAGCAACGAGGGUGCGAGUGUGGCGAAGACCUGUUAACUCAUCCAAUGUGGUGAUUUACUCUGCUGGACAUCUGAUUGCACAAGAAUCGCCGGAGGAGCUUUCCAAAGAAAUAUCGGCAUUUCUGGAGAAAAAAUACAGAGUGCGGAAUAGAGCAUACCUGUGA